GUAAGAUCUUGAGUUUCUCUCUCUAGCCACUCGCAGCUAGACUCUUCCCUCACAGCGGUGGUUCGCCGCCGGAGCCCUCCUGGCUCCGGUUGGCUUGGUGUUUGGCUCAGGCUGUAAUCUUUUGAUCUAUCUUGGGCUACCUCACUUCGACUGGAUGGGAGCUUGAACCUUCUGGUUCACAGCUGGUUAGGAGUUUUCCUGAAGGUUGUGUCCUGGUUUCUUGGUUGAAGGUCCAUGGCCGCUGUUUCAGGGAUACAAGCAAGCUAAGUCGAGAUUCCUUGGCAGAUGCGGCCAGAUGGGUUCUGGUGGUUUUCACAACCAUGGGUUUAUGCUUCAGAAGAUGACCGAUGUGUCCACACCCAUCUUUUCCUCUUCAUUCACGACUAAGGCGAAAGCUUUCCGGUGGUUGCAGCGGCGUCGUCCUCAGACGUAGCGCCGGUUCGGUCGGGGAAUGCUAAGUAUUCAGAGAACAGUGGAUGGGGACGCUCGUUAAUGGGUCCUUAGCUUCCCAGAAUGUUUUGGAUCCUUCUCGCUUCUCUCGCUGCUUCAGAGAGCCUGCAGAUGCUCACUUACCAUGGACGAUGGCGUUUUUUCGUGGCAGCUUCGGGUGGAGGGGUCCCGGAGCAGUUCUUUCAUGCGGCCAUCGUUUCCCCCACUGCUUCGUUACGGAUCUUGUGCUGGGCCAAUGCCGGGGUUUGGAGUUCGCAGCCACCUUCGGCCGUCUUCUGAAAAUAAGUUGCUCUUACUCCGGUACGUCUUCUUGUUAGUCAACCUGUCUGGCUGUGGACGCCUCUGUUUCAAGACGAGCUUUGUUUAUUUUUCUAGCUUCUUGCCUAGUGACUUUUUGACUUUGGGGUCUGGGGUCCUUUUUUCUGUUCAAUGUGAGUUUAACCGGAGUAGGUUAUGGCAAACAGACUGCUCUUCAUCGCCAUUGCCAAAACAGUUCCUCAAUCUAACUUUGAGCAAGUGGUUUUACUCCCAGAAGGACCUCAGCUUUUUUCGAUAAACCGGACUGAUAACCACUGCGCUUGGCCUCCGUAGAGGGUAGGGAGUGACGAUUGUGGGAAGGAAUGGGGAAGAGGGGAGCUUGGGAACGAUAAUGGGAGCUUCUCUGCUGGCGAGGGGUCUGAAUGAGUUAUACGUUGCAGCGACGGCGUCGGAUUGUGGUCUGUUGCCAUUGUGCAUUUGUUUGGUUUUGGGUUUUAUUACCGGAGAAGAUAACCGGAAGUUUCUGGCGUGAAUACAGAAGUGCCUGGUUUGAUUUUUUUUGGUUUGGUUCUUUUUAUUGGAUUGAGUUUCGUUAGUGAAAGCGGAGAGGUUGGAACCGCUCUUCGGGUGUUUUGCUUCCGGCUACAGUCUUAUCGCCUUCGACGCCCUCUAUCAACUCUGUUGGAGGUUGCCGGGGUCCAACGGAAGUGGGGGUGGGGGGAUUUUCGAUUUGGCUGCUUCUAUUUUCCGGCUGGUACGUUCUUUUCUCCCCCGCCGUUUUCCACCGGGUACGCUGCCGGAGCUUGGUGGGGGUGGGGGAAGGGGCACAUACUAUGAACGAGCGUAAACUUUUGGAAUCUGGGCUGCUGAUACAUCAGUCGGAGUCUAGCCGGAAUGUUGGCCGGCGUAGUCAACGGCGACCUGACUUGGGUCUGCAUGUGAUUGGACCGCUGACAUCUGUCCUGACGUUGCACUGUAGCCUUUUGUUUGAAUUUUGAAUUAGCCGCCCUCUUGGUGCGGCGCAUCUGGAAGAGAUGGAGAUUAUUUAGUAUGGGCCGUAACCCUACUUUUGCUGGGCUGUUUGGGCCAUCCAGGUCGGACGAUUGUGCUGGAAAUUAGGCUACAAAAGGCUGUUGUGGAGCUGUGGUCCGGCUUAGAAGACUUGCUGUGGAGGACCUAUUCAUCCGCUAGGAUUUUUGUGCUGGAAGUAGUAAUAGGCCAAUUGGCCUUGGUUUUUAUUGUUGAAGUUAAUUUGAAUACUUUGUUGCUUUAUUACUAAGCCGGGGGUCUCUCCCAAGCUAGUUAUGCCUUCUUUUGCUAAAAAUCCUCUCUCCCUUUCCC